AUGAUCAUCGUAACAGACUGCCAACAAUGGCAGGACAUACGCAAAACCCUGGGCCUCAAAACAAUUGGGUUUGUGCACACCAUGGGCAAUUUGCACUCCGGACACCUAAGCCUAUGCCAACGCUCCCUGAAGGACAACGAGGUGACAGUUGUGGCCAUUUUUGUCAACCAAACCCAAUUCAACAAUACAGACGACUAUCGCUAUUAUCCGCGUACACUAGAGCUGGACAAACAGCUGCUACACCAACAGGGGGUGGACUACCUGUUCAUACCGGAGCACCAGGAGAUGUAUCCGGACGACUACCAGAUACAAGUGUCGGAGACGGGCGAUAUUGGCAACCAAUUGGAGGGCGAGCACCGACCAGGGCACUUUACCGGCAUGUUGACCAUCGUGCUAAAACACCUGAACGUCAUACGGCCCACCCAUUCGUACUACGGCGAAAAGGACUACCAACAGCUAUUACUAAUACAGAAAAUGGCCCGGGCACUUUUCCUGCCAGUGACUAUAGUUGGCUGUCCAACCAUUAGGUCGGAUACAGGUCUGGCCCUGAGUUCGCGUAAUAAUAGGCUGUCCGACGAGAGCCGUGAAAAGGCUAGUAAACUGCCGGUUGUGUUGAGAGACUCGUUGACCGUCGACGACGCCUACGAGCGCUUGACUGCACUCGGCUUUAAAGUGGAUUACGUGUGCGACCGGUGGGAGCGCCGGUUGGCUGCCGUAUGGCUGGACAGUGUCCGCCUUAUUGAUAAUAUUGCCCUUGAUAAGUUGGGCAAACUUGAGACUAGUGUCUGA